UGACGGCAAGACGAGAUUGCAUUGCCCGGCACAGAUCUGGUACGGCUGCUCACCGUUCUCGACAUGGACUCCGCGACACCAUCAACACAAUCUGCUGAUCCAGGGGGGACUGGCCUUCGUCAAAUCAAGCUGAAAGUUGAACUAGGAGGAGGCUUAGAGACGCUCUUCGGCAACUCGACUACGAUGAUGAUGGAACUUUCAGAACCCUUUGACAUUCGGCACCUCAUUUCCGUCUUGGCUACACGCGUCAAUCCACCUACUUCACUUUCACUUUUUUGUUCACCCGGGCCAGAAUGGGAUAUCAAACCUGGAAUCCUUCCGCUAGUCAAUGAUGAAGAUUGGGAGUUAUUGGAACCUAGUGGGAUGGAAGCUGUUCUGAAAGAUGGUGAUAAUGUCUUGUUCAUCAGUACGCUGCAUGGCGGUUAAUGACUGGACGAGUAAGAUAGAGUAGUGCAAAUUCUGAAGUUUGGAGAUAGUGAUAGACAACGGGUCGGCCGUACGAAUUGCUUGGAUGAUCAAUAAGAAAGUAGCAAUGAGCAUAUAUAACCC